AUGAGUUAUUCAUCUACACCCAGUCGUAGUGCGCCUAACGAUGAAUAUUUGCAACAAAGAUUUAAUAAAAUAAAUUUGGAUAAUGAUGUACAAGAUGAGAGAUCAUACGUUCGAAAAGAUAAUAAUUAUCAAACAAACAAGAUUUACGAACCUCAAAUGGAUCCAAAUGGAGCCAAUUGGGAUUAUGCACCUCCUCAAGCAAGAAAUUUAGAUGCCAUCGUGACCGACUUAACUCCAGAAGAAGUUCGUUGGUUUUAUAAAUCCGAAGGAGAAAAAAGAUGGCUAGAAUUUAGUGGAUAUGAUUCUUUUCACAUUGAAAUGAAGUUUAGAGAAUUAUAUGAUAUGACAACUUCUUAUUCAAAGCACAGUGCCUUUUCAGAUCAAACAUCUAAACAAUCUGGAAGCAACUAUAAUUUUCCUGGAAGUAGUAAUUUAUUUGGAGUAUCAUCAAUUAGAUUUCCAUCGAAACAAGGAAAUCAGUAUUCUCAACCUUCCUAUAGUAGAUAUGGAGAACCCCAACAAGCACAGCACAAAUUAGUUGUUAGAGGAGGAUUAUAUGAAAUUAACUUUGAAACAUUUAAAUGUUCAUCUAUAUAUUGGCCAGGGGAAGAAUGUCAAAUAACUCGUGGAACUUGGUUUUAUGAAGGCACAUGGCAACCUUUAGAUCAAGAGCACAGUAGAAUUUUGGAAUCGAAGCAUUUGUCUAUGUUUCAAGGUCAUAAACUUAGUGAAUAUGUUGAAAAUGAAACAAAAGGUACGGUUAUGUAUACGGAAACAUUUCCGGAUUUCAUUGUGGAAUGGAUAUCCCCGAAUCAAGUUCACCUUUAUAGUGAAAAUACACCGUCAAAAGUUGUUAGAACUGUAACUACUAGAUUAGGAUUUAGAAAAUCUACCGGUUAUCGUUUGUUUCGCGGAUACAAAAAUGAGGCAAAUGCCAAUGAUAGACCCGAUGUAGAAAUAAAUCAUUUGGUUUUCGUUAUUCACGGAAUCGGCCAGAAAAUGGAUACUGGAAGGAUUAUUCGAAAUACUUUUAGAGAUUGUGUUUCUUGGUUAAAACAAAAAUAUUUUUCCAAUUUUCCAAAUCAUCGUGCCGAGUUCUUCCCCGUCGAAUGGAGAUCAAAUCUUCAACUUGAUGGUGAUCUCGUUGAUGCCAUAACUCCUAAUACUCUGCAAAGUUUAAGACAAAUGCUCAAUGCUUCUGCUAUGGAUAUUAUGUAUUACACUAGUCCUUUAUACGGAGGAGAAGUUCAGAGAGGGUUAAGAGAAGAAUUAAAUAGACUGUAUUCAAUGUUUUCUGCUAGAAAUCCGUAUUUUAUAAAUAAAAGUGGGAAAAUCAGCAUAAUUGCGCACAGCUUAGGGUGUGUUAUUCUUUACGACAUAAUUAUGGGAUUGAUGCCCGGAUCAUUGGUUCAAAAUAACCAACAAGGCCUUCUUUUUCAAGUUCAAAAUUUUUUUUGUUUGGGAUCUCCUCUCUCAGUAUUUCUGGCAUUAAGAUGGAAAGAUUCACAAAUUCCUGGUAAAAUGGGAGUAAUUCUUCCGCAAAGAUUAUGUCACCGAUUGUACAACGUGUUUCAUCCUACAGAUCCCGUAGCUUAUAGAAUAGAGCCUCUUUUAAUAAAGGAUUAUGCUAGAGUAGCUCCCUUAAUUGUCCAGCCAUACAAUGCUAAUUAUAAAACUCCUUAUUCGGAAAUGCCCAUUGAAAUAAUAGCACCAGAACAACACACCACUCAAGAUACCAGUGUUGCAGGUCAAAGCGGUAAUGAAAAAGAUGAAAUGAAUCCUUCUGGUGUACCAAAAGAUAAAUCGUGGAAUUUGUGGGGUUUAAGAAAUAGAGAUUCCAAAAAGGCAAACGAUGGAACUUUAGAGCCUUUACAAGAAGGUUUGGAAUAUAGACUAGAUUAUAUUCUGCGGGAAUCAAAUCUUGGAGUUAGCUAUCUAUCUGCAUUAACAUCUCACACUGCAUACUGGACGAAUUAUGAUGUGGCAUACUUCGUUUUAACUCAGAUAUUUCCUGAGUUUGAAAAUAAUGAUUCUAAUUUUUAUUCUGAAAAAAGUUAUUCGAACUACCCUCAGAAUUGUCAACAAGAUUCUCAGUACAAUUACGAAAAUCAAAGUUAUAACCAGUAUAACGAUCCAAAUUUUAGGGGAAACGAAAGGGGAAACUUUUCAAAUCAAAGCCAAGUUGACGGUAGAAUGCAAGGAGUCUCUCAUGCCGCUCAAGGGCCGCACUUUAAUCAGCCUCCUCCUCCUCGGUUUCCUCCUCAUAAUUAUCAGAACAUGCCCGAUUACAGUCAUCAAUAUCCUCCGAACGCUGGUCCUCAAAAUUAUUCUGAAUCAGAUCAACAAAAUUAUUUGGUUCAACAUCCUCCUGGGCAUCCACAACAGUAUUCGCAACCUCCUUACGAAACUCAACCGGUGGUUCAAAGACCUCAAAAUUAUCAGCAGCCUCCUAAUUACCUUCCGUCGCAGCAAAAUCAAAGACAUCCUACUCCACCUCCGUCUCAGAGUUGUCAGCAGCCUGUGCAAUAUCAUCAACCACCGCAAAAUUAUUCUCAGCAACAAAACUACCCGCAAGAUCAAGCAUCUUUUCAGAAUUAUCCGGUGCAACCUCAACUUUCGCAACAUCAGAAUCCGCAAACAAGUCAUCAAGCCGCCGGACCUCCGAAAAGUGUUCAAACUAAAACAGGAUUUUUCGAUAAAAUUACCGACGAUAAAAAAAUUCAAGGAGCUGCAUCUCCGACAAAGAGCACAAAAUCAUUUUUUCCAAGUUUUAAUUUAUCGAGCCUGACUUCUCCCGUUAAAAAUUUAAGUAACUCACUUUCAAAUAUAAGCAACCAAAUGACAAAUAUUGGCAAUAGUGCCAAAGAUAAUGUAGGUAGUAGCAACGUCAACCCUCCGGGUCGUUUGCAGACAAAUUUUUUGGGAAAUACUGGGCAAAAUAAAGCAAUGUCUUCAAAUAGUGCACAACCAACUCGUACUCAAUCACCUCAAGUUCAGUAUAAUCAAGGACAGUUUGGACAGUAUCAAUCUGUCACUUCUGGCCCGAAUCAGUUAUACAAUCAAAAUUCUCCACAGAGCAUUCGCAGUACUUCACCGUAUGAGGUGCAUUCUAUGGGCGUUCGAAGCGGUAGUCCGGUAAGUCUACAAAAUCGUUGUAGUCCGAUGCAGUAUGGUCCUAUUGAAACACCCGUCGGGGCUAUCAAGCCCAAGACAAUUCGUUUGCAACCAAAGGUGCCCGUGUACGAACAAAAAGGUAUUCUUAGUCACGAUUCGACGACCAACGUGAGCAACAAAACUCGGUGCGUCUCACCUUUGGGUCAGAGCCGGGUGGUGUGUUCCGGGUCUCGAAGUGCCCUGCCCACCAGUUACGGUGGUUUGCCCUUAGGAGGUCGAUCUCUCAGUUCGGGAAACCUUAGAAACAGCACACUGGUUUGUGGAACGUAUCCAGGAAGUCGGUCUAAUUAUAAUUAUUUAGGUCAAUCGGGUUAUUUGUCACAUUCGGGGUUGGAUAGGAGAACCAUGAGUCGACCUAAUUUAAGUUCUACCGGAAGUACUUGCUUGGGUUCUGGGUUGGGCAUGUCUAGCCUCGUGUAUAAUUCUCCUUAUACGGGAAGUAGAAAUUUUUUAAGUAGGGAAUACAGCGGUUCGAGUUCUAGAUAA